GUUUACUUUUUUUUUAGUGUAUUGUAAAAUGGGUGCACUUUUUAGUAGCCUUUUCAGUAAACUUUGGGGAGAAAAGGAAGUUCGUAUUUUAAUUCUUGGUCUCGACGGUGCCGGUAAAACUACCAUUCUAUAUAGACUUCAAAUUGGUGAAGUUGUUUCUACUAUUCCAACCAUUGGAUUUAAUGUCGAAACUGUCACAUAUAAAAAUAUUAAAUUUCAAGUAUGGGAUUUAGGCGGGCAGACUAGUAUAAGACCUUAUUGGAGAUGUUAUUAUUCUAAUACAGAUGCAGUAAUUUAUGUAGUUGAUAGUGUGGAUAAGGAUCGUAUGCAGACAUCAAGGGAAGAAUUACAUGCCAUGUUAGAGGAAGAAGAAUUAAAAGAUGCAGCCCUUCUUGUGUUUGCAAAUAAACAAGAUAUGGAAGGCGCUUUAUCUGCUGCAGAAGUUGCUGAUGCUCUUGGUUUAUCAACUUUAAAAAAUAGACAAUAUUCUAUCUACAAAACAAGUGCAUUAAAGGGAGAAGGUUUAACGGAAGGUUUAGAUUGGCUUGUUAAUAUUAUUCAAGAGAAUAAGAAAUAAAUUAUAAUUUUUGACCCUGCUUUUCCAUACGAAUAAUGAAAAAAAAAAAAGCGCAUAAAAAGCUCUUCAUAUCUAUUAGCCUUGGUAACCUUGUACAAUAAAAAAUGAUCGGCUCUUUCUUCUGGUAACACAUUCAUAAAUGAUGAACAAACGUUAUUUUACUGUAUAAUCAGAGUCAUAUAAAUGUUAAUAAUAAUAUUGAUUCCGAAUAGUCUUUAUGCUUAUUAGAUAAGAUUUGAAUCCAAUAAGCUCCAGUAGCUAACAUGAAGUUAUUACUGAGAAUAUUAAAAUAUUCGUAAUGAGACCUUUCCUCAAAACAAAAAGUUAUUAAAUGGGAAGAAAUGUUUAUGAAAUAUACAAAAUUGUAACCAAG